GUAAAAUAACUGGUUCAGAUUAAGUAUAAGUUGUCCAGGGCUAAUUGGUGGCAAAUGUCUUGCUGCUAGCUUGUAGACAGUAAAUUGUAUUGUAGGUGUAGAAACACGCACUUCCUGUAGAAAUCCUUAAUUUCCUGAAGAAUCCCUGUGCUGUGUCCAUGCGCCUGUGCCGUGUCCAUGCUCCUGCUCCUGUGUAAAGUCACAAUGUUGUACAAAAGGCAGGGACGGGCAGAAAGCAGCUGCAGGCAGCGCUCUGUAAGAAGCAGUCAGAUGGAUGUGGAAGAUCCUGCUCAACAAGUUGAGGGGGAAAAAGACCUGCAGGCACUCAAGUUUUGUGAGAACUGUGCCUUUUUUCUUUUUAUAAAGGUUUUUGUAUUGAAACUGCGAUCAAAAUUCUCUCCAAUAAGAGUGUUUUAGAAUACUCCACACUUUUUAAAGGCUUACACGAGCAUGGGAGCAUGAAUUGAGCAGGUCGUCUCCUGUAGAGUGUUCCCUGAUCCUGUGGUGACUGUAGACAUGCAGUCAUAGAAACCUGCUCAAGAGUCUAUGCCCGACCUGCUCACAGCUAUGAAGAUCUCAGCAGCUUCUGUUGGUGAGACGAGUCUAGUGAAAGCUGUCCAGAAUAUUGAGGACAACGUAAAACAUUUGGACUUCACACUGGAGGUGGCAGAGGCAGAAGUCCUGGAAGUAACCACAGAGGUGGUAGCUCUAGAAGCCGCUGACGAGGCGGCUGUCGUAGAGAAUGAGGACGAGCUGAAGUCUGCAGAGGCUGCUGCAGAAGAGCUGGUUAAAGAGGAGACGUCUGAUCCUGUAGCAGCAGAGGAGGAGGAGGAGAAGGCUGCGUCCAUGUCUGAGGAACUUAUACCUUCUGCCCCAACAGUGGAGGAGGUGGGUGAGGAACCUACAACAUCUGCCCCAACAGUGGAGGAGGUGGGUGAGGAACCUACAACAUCUGCCCCAACAGUGGAGGAGGUGGGCGGGGUUGAAUCUGAAGAUCUGGCUGCUGCUCCAGAAGAGGCUGUCUCCUCCGCAGAGGCCUCACCUGAUGCUGCUCCCGCUGAGGAAGAAGCUACUCCAGCUGAGGAAGAAGCUACUCCAGCUGAAGAGGUCACCACCACCACCACUGCUGAAGCUGCUCCAGAGGAUGAGACAUCCACAGGUGAGACGACACCUGUUGCUGAGACAUCAGUGGAGGAGGAGGAGGAGGUAGCAGAUAAAGCGUCGGUAGCAGAGGAGACAGCCGAAGCUGUGGAGACACACAGUGAAGCAGCAGUAGUUAUGGACACGACUCAGCUGGCAGCAGCCUCCUCUGGGUCGGACCUGGAGGUCCUUACAGCUGCUGAACCAGAGUCUACAUCCGAGGCUCCAGUACAUGAGGCCAAGCUCUGCCACUCUGCCCCAUCACAAGCAGAGGAGGUGGCGCCGCCUGCUGAUUCGGGAGGGCAGCUGGCCAGUGAGGAAGCUGUGGAUCUAACACAUGACGUCAAGGAGGAAGUGUCCCUGGUGGAAGGACAAACCACAGAGACGAUGGUGGUGGUGGCAGCCCAGUCAUGACAGACCGUGUGCCUUCCACAACACUCGCUGCUCUGUCAACCCAGCCAGGACGACUGAUGGAAACAACACGAGGGCAGCAACCACUGGUUUAACUAGCUAAUGUGUCCUUUUUGAGACGUUAUCAGAGGUUUUUUUGUUAAAUGUUUCCCUUCUGUUUCUGAUCAUAUUAGCGCUUUUGAAAUGAUUCCCAUCAUGUCCUCUAGGUGCCACUGUUGCAAAGCUUUUCAGGACCCACUGGAUCGAACACAAGUUUCUUUGUUUUUGUUGUCGUAGGCAGUGGAGUGUGAGGGGUUUGUUUAAUGUUGUGAUCCAUUUCAUUUUGAUUUUCAUAGAUAUUGCCUAAUCAGCCUAACAAUAUCUACAAAAUGUACCAAGAGUUGUAAGUGGGGGUGCAUCCAUGUGGUUUCUCAAAUCAGCUGGUAUAAUAGCAAAAAGAUAUGCAUUUUUGUCACUUUUGUCAUAGUAAAGAUUUAGUUGCA